GGGUCAAAGGUGCCUCAUUUCCGGAAGAAGCCGGCUUUGAGGGCCUUAGGCUUUACGCGACUCGUUUCCUCCCAAUUCCUGGUCCUGGGGCCUCAGGCCGCGUGAGCCAGGCAUGAAGAUCACGAGGCAGAAACACGCCAAGAAGCAUCUUGGCUUCUUCCGCAACAAUUUCGGAGUCCGCGAGCCGUACCAGAUCCUGCUGGAUGGCACCUUCUGUCAGGCAGCGCUGCGGGGCCGCAUCCAGCUGCGGGAGCAGCUGCCCCGCUACCUUAUGGGGGAAAUGCAGCUGUGCACAACCAGAUGUGUGUUAAAAGAGUUAGAAACAUUGGGAAAGGACUUAUAUGGGGCCAAACUAAUUGCUCAAAAAUGCCAAGUUCGAAAUUGUCCCCAUUUCAAGAAUGUAGUGAGUGGAUCAGAAUGUCUGCUUUCCAUGGUUGAAGAGGGAAAUCCUCAUCAUUAUUUUGUGGCAACACAGGAUCAGAAUUUAUCUGUAAAAGUGAAGAAACAGCCCGGAGUUCCUCUCAUGUUUAUUAUUCAGAACACUAUAGUCUUGGACAAACCUUCUCCCAAGACAGUUGCCUUCGUUAAAGCAGUAGAGUCAGGUCAGCUUGUUUCAGUGCAUGAAAAAGAAAGUAUCAAACAACUCAAAGAGGAACAGGGUUUAGUGAAAAAUUCUGAACAGAGAAGAAGAAAAAAGCGUAAGAAAAUAAGUGGCCCCAAUCCUCUUAGCUGUUUGAAGAAAAAGAAAAAAGCACAGGAUACAAAAUCAUCUUCUGAAAAGAAAAGAAAGAGAAAAAGAAUCCGGAACAGAUCUAUCUCAAAAGUACUGUCUGAGAAACAGAGUGUAGAAGGGUAACAAAUACUUUAAAAGACAUUCUGAUGUGGGAAAUGAAUGUACUUUUUUAAACUGUAGAGGUAUUUAUAAUAAAAUUAUUUGUAUAAAUGAA